AUGGUCAAGAAAACUUCGGUCAGCCAGGUUUUGGACAGGGAGGUUUCGGUCAGGGCCAGGGGCAUCCAUCCUAUGGAGGCUAUGGUCACGGUGGAGGAGGUUCUAGUCAAGGUUUUGGUCAUGGAGGACAAGGUCAGGAUGGGUUUGGUCAGGGUGGCUUUUCUGGACCUAGUGGCGGAGGAUCCGGUUCCAGCUUCGGUCAUGGUGGACAUGGUCAGAGUGGGUUUGGUCAGGGAGGUUUCUCUGGGCCUAGUGGCGGAGGAUCUGGUUCAGGAGGGUUUGGUCAUGGUGGACAAGGUCAGGGCGGAUUCGAUCAGGGAGGCUUCUCUGGACACGGAGGCGGACCAGGUCAAGGAGGCUUUGGAAGCCAUGGGCAUCCAUCCUAUGGAGGCUAUGGUCACGGUGGAGGAGGUUCUAGUCAAGGUUUUGGUCAUGAAGGACGAGGUCAGGAUGGGUUUGGUCAGGGUGACUUUUCUGGACCUAGUGGCGGAGGAUUCGAUUGCGGCUUCGGUCAUGGUGGACAUGGUCAGAGUGGGUUUGGUCAGGGAGGUUUCUCUGGGCCUAGUGGCGGAGGAUCUGGUUCAGGAGGGUUUGGUCACGGUGGACACGGUCAGGGCGGAUUCGAUCAGGGAGGCUUCUCUGGACACGGAGGCGGACCAGGUCAAGGAGGCUUUGGAAGCCAUGAUGAUUCAGGCUUCGGAAAUGGUGGACACGGCGGCUACAAAAAUCAUGGAUAUUAAAAAGAAAUUAUUUGAAAUUAAUUGA